AUGUAUGUGAAAUGGUUUGAUACAGUAAUGUUUUACUAUGUGAUUUUAGUGUAUUUAGUGAAUGUCACUUUUUGUCAUUUUCAAAUUUCCCGCCGUUCCGUCUCCCGUAUGUCACGAGUCGACGCUCGCAGGGGACGGAAACCAGAAGACAGAUGCCGGAUUACAUUGCUGGGGACACUGCAGGAGGGACAUCGCGGGAGCGCAAGGUAAGUGAUCGAGGGAUCGCGGAGCAGCGCCACAUGGUAUUCCCGAGUGUAGCUCGGGGUUACCGCUUGCGCUACACUCGGGAAUACCGCCAGGGAGGCUAUG